GUUAUAGGACAGCCGUUAAAGGCGAGCCCGGUCGCCUCUUCCUCACUGUGUUCAUACAGAUUGUCAGUCCGCUCAGGCGUCGUGUUGGCUUUGGUUUGAAACGGAUUUUCUCUUGAACCAGCCGUUGCAUCUAAAUCGAAAUGGCUGAUCAGCUUACAGAAGAGCAGAUUGCUGAGUUCAAGGAGGCAUUUUCGCUCUUUGACAAGGAUGGCGAUGGCACCAUCACCACUAAAGAGCUGGGAACAGUCAUGCGCUCUCUGGGCCAGAACCCCACAGAGGCAGAGCUGCAGGACAUGAUCAACGAAGUGGAUGCUGAUGGAAAUGGAACGAUAGACUUCCCAGAGUUCCUCACUAUGAUGGCUAGGAAGAUGAAGGACACAGACAGCGAGGAGGAGAUCAGAGAAGCAUUCCGCGUCUUUGAUAAGGAUGGCAAUGGCUACAUCAGUGCUGCUGAGCUGCGCCAUGUGAUGACAAACCUUGGAGAGAAGCUGACUGAUGAAGAAGUGGACGAGAUGAUCAGAGAAGCAGACAUUGACGGAGAUGGACAAGUCAACUAUGAAGAGUUCGUACAAAUGAUGACGGCGAAGUGAAGGCCUUGUACAGAUUUCGUAUAUAAAUAAUUUGCCUUUUUUUCUUUGUGUAAUUUAUCUGUAAAAUCUUAAUAGCCCCCUUUCGUCCCUGCCCCCUCUGCUGUCCAAAGGAACUGCAUGUAAACUGCAUAGGCUCUUGUCCCAUGUCCCUUUCUUUUGCUGUCAUGGUGUUUUGGAGUGACUGAAUGGUCAUACAACCAGAUGCCUGUGGAGGCCCCUGGGAGCCGAAGAACUUCGAAUCUUCCCGUCUUGUGUGCUCGGGGCCCCUCCACGCAUGGCGACAUUGGAAACCUGUCAGCUAAUUGUCUCUUGGCAACACUGUUGGCAUGGAAACAAUGUAGAGGAGUUUAAACUCUGCAUGGACUACGGACAAAGUAUAUAUGGAAAUCUCUCAGCAUUGCACUACUGCAAAAAAAAUGACACGGGUGUAUCUCCUAGGUACUCGUACAAACUCUUUUUGUAUCUGCUGUUCUAUAUACCAGAAAACAACUAAUCUUACAUGCUUUUUAAUGUUUUACUCACUACUUUUACUUUUUUUUUUUUUUUUUUUUUUUUUAUGGCCUCUGGUCAUGCCUCAAAUAAUCCAUUCCAAGUUGUACAUUUUUGUUUUCCAAUAAAAAUUGCAAUCUA